AUGUCGGAUACGACGCCACUCCUCCCGGAGCGUGCCGCGACGGCUCCCCGGGAUUCUCAUCCCAUCUAUCUUCGAGCCUGCCACUCGCCCUGGCGUCUCAUCUCUCAGAAUCUCUUGACGUUUAUCCGUCUCGUCCUUGCUGGAUAUCUCACCACUGUACUCGGCUUUGCCCUGAAGUACAAACUCGAGCAGGAUGACGAACACACUAAAUGGCGAAUCCCUUUCCAGUUCUCAACAGUCUCUUUUGUCCUGCUUUGGGCAUACCACAACCUCACAGCGGUCUGGACCACAAUGCAUCUCCUCUUCCCUCGCACUCCUGAAGACGACCCUGAGGAGUGCGGAGCUCACCGGCUGAAGACCAAGGUCAUUCAGUUCAUCUCUCCCCCAGCUCGGGACACCUGUCGCAACCGCCGAUAUCUCUUCAGCAUGUUCUACACCACCGCACACGUCUUUGCCUUCAUGAACAGCAUUGUAUAUUGGGGUGUUCUGGUCCCCGCGGGCCACGGAGGAUUCAAGAUCCCAAAGAUGCCCUCGCACGGUCACCAAGGCCCUGGUGGAAGCGACUUCCUGGAUGCAUACAAUCCUGACAAGGGUCUUUUCGACGAGGACGCCAUUAAACCUUUCGUGAUUCUCAAUCUGUGGACCGUCACCUCGCUCAUCGCGAUUAUUGAGAUUUUCUUCCUGAACAGCAUGCGAAGACAAUCGCCCGUCGCUGCGCACAGUGCCGGCAUCAUCUUCGCCAGCGGCGUGUAUAUCGCUUGGGCUGCGUUCGGAAAGCUUCUCACCGGCCACUCAGGACUCUUCUUCUUCGACCCCGACUUGAUGGGCCAACAGUGGGAGGCUGUCAUCGCCGCAAGUGUCGCUUGGUUGACUUUGGCACCUGGCAUUUUCUCGUACGUGUAUGGCAUCAUUGCUAUGCGUGAGACAAUGACCGCUGCCCCUCAUGCCUCGCACUAG